ACGGAAUCUCUAAAAAUGGAUUCAGCACAACGUAGUUGAGACUCCAGGACUUACUUUGCUGUGCUUGGUUGUGUGAACUCCUGGAAGCGCCUAUAUAUAUGCUUGGAAGUGGAAUGUUUUGAACAGCGUCCAGCUUCAAAGCACCAUUGUGGCUUUUUUAUGGGUAUUAGCAGAAGGAGUUUGUAGAGACGCAAUGGCAUGAGAGAACUUGAGGGGUCAAGAUAGUCAGACGGCUGUGGCUGAAAAAUAGCCCCUCCCCCUGAGGGGAAGGGGGAAAGUGGACACCGGGUGACUAGAAUUAGAAAAGAGAAAUAAAGACAAGUGGUAGGUUGAGUGAGAAGCAGGGGAUAGGACUCAGUGUCUGUACUUCCCCCGGUAUUAUAGCUUCUAGUGCAGCUUCGACUUAACUGUGAGCCUAGCCUGACCAUAAGCUUUGUCAAAUAGGAACAUUUUUAGUCUAAUCUUUAAUGUACAGACUGUGUCGGCCUCUUUAAUAUUAGCUGGAAGCUGAUUCCAUAAGACAGGAGAUUGGUAACUAAAGGCUCUAGCUCCUACUGUACUUUUAGAGACCCUGGGAACUACCAGUAGACCUGCAUUCUGAGAACGAAGUGUUCUGUUGUGGCAGUAUGGAACCAGAGCAUCUGUGAGAUAAGAUGGCCCCAAACAGUUUAUGGUUGUUGAGGUGGUUGCAGCUCAACGUUGCAUUCGUAGGAAGAAUUGACGGAGAAUAGGUUGUCUUUUAGCCAAAACUCGGCGGGAUGGGACUUAAUUGUCUAAAGUGCUACAUUUAUUACUUCUUUGUGUUUGACUUUGAUGACUUUGAUUUGUGGGAUUGCCUGUGAAGACAGCAAUGAGAGAGGAUGUAUCCGCAUGUCAAUGGAAAUUAAAUACGCCGAGUUUUGGCUAAAAGACAAAUUAUUCUCUGUCAAUUCUUCCUACGAAUGCAACGUUGAGCUGCAACCACCUCAACAGGUUAUGGGCCCAGGAGUCAUUCGAAGGUAAAGUCAGUUUCCACCGUGUAGAAGGUCGCGAAGGACAGCGUGCUCACGGACUGCUGAUUAGCGGAAAAAGCUAACAGGCAACAUGGAUCCACGAGGAACAAGUAGGUUACCUCGACUGGCAUUUGACGGAGAUGAAGCUAAAUAUGAACUCUGGGAAACUAAAAUGUUGGGACAUUUUCAUCUAAUCGGGCUAAAGAAGACAGUGCUGGUAGGACCAACCACUGAAGCAGAGAGAGAAAAUGAUGAAAUGAAAAAUGCGGACGCGUAUGCUGAAAUGAUACAACUUCUUGAUGAUAAAAACCUUUCGUUAAUAAUGAGAGAUGCGCCAAAUGACGGAAGAAAAGCUCUGAAAAUAUUAAGAGAAUAUUAUGCUGGGAAGGGAAAACCCAGGAUUAUAAACUUGUACACCAUGCUAACAUCUCUUCAAAAGGGAAAAGAAGAAAGCAUAGUGGACUACAUAAUAAGAGCUGAGACCGCCAUCACAGCAUUGCGAAAUGUAGGUGAAACAUUGGGAGAUGGUCUAAUUAUCGCAAUGGUCUUGAAGGGGCUGCCAGAAAGUUACAAGCCAUUUACAAUUCAUGUGGCGCAUACCGAUGAGAACAUGACAUUUGCAGAAUUCAAAACCAAACUCCGAAGUUUUGAAGAAACGGAAAAGUUAAAUGCAGCAGAUACAAGCGACAGAGUGAUGAAGACUAAAGCAAGAGUUUCAAAGCAAACCACAAAAGCAAACGCUCGUGACCGGAUCAAAGACGACACAGAGUUGGUGUGCUUCAAAUGUGGGAUCAAAGGCCACCGUGCAAAAUCAUGUCGACAAAAGAUAGGGUGUAGUCGUUGUAAAACUGACACGCACAAAGACGCCACUUGCAGACGCAAGGAAAGACCGGACGGAGCGAGAAAAAUUGCUGAAGAUGGAGAUCCUGACUUCGUGUUCAAGGUGAGAGAUGAACAGCCCGACACCAGGCGGCAGGAUACACACAGCAUCCGAAAACGAGGCCUGAUGGUGGACACGGGAGCGGCAUCUCAUAUCAUCACUGACGUAACCAAGUUCAAAAGCUUCCAGGAGACGUUCAAAUCAGAGAACCACAGCGUCGAGUCGGCAGAUGGUACUCGGUGCAGUGGAGUCACACUCAAAAGAGGAGAUGCGGUGUGCUACCUGAUUGACAACGGAUGACAUGAGUGCUGAUAUCAUGACAAAACCUGUAACAAAGUUAAAUUGAAGAAGUUUGACAGUGUUACUUUUGGAAUUUGAAAUGUAAAAUUUCAUUUAGUUGUUAAAAAAGGCAUCAACAUGAGAACAAGUGGGGGUGUUGAGAGAUAUGGUGGAGGAAAUGUUUUGUAUUCAUAAAUGUGUCCUCAGUUGAUGUUGAAAUAAUGUUCCUAUUGCUUGUGCAUUUGCUUGAAGCUAAUGCAAAGCUAAUGAUGUCUCAGCUGUGACGCAACGCACAGAAUUGUUGUCAAAUUUAACAUAAUUGUACCUCUUUUUGCUUUGUGGUGGCACUGUCUUGGUUCCACAUCUGUCUUCAUGAACACAAAA